UAACAAGAACUGACCGACAAAAACGCUGAGGAUUUUAUAUAUUUUCUACGUUGUUAAACGCUAUAAUGUAUGAAAACUGSUCUGGAAGUCUGUUUAAUUUCGUGCAGAGAUGAUGCAAAGAAAAGAAGAUUUACCAUGGUUUCUGUUUUUCUUUCUGGUAUUGAYGGUUCUGGAAAAAGUCAGGUUUUCAGACAAUUGGCUGAGACACGAUGUCUAAAAGACGCAAAGRAAAUCCAAGGUAUUUCUCAAACAAUCUUGAGAAACCUACAAGUAGCUGUAGGACUAGAUGCUUUGGAACACGAUGUUGAUGUUCAGAAAAGGAUUAUCGAAGAGCAAUCGAGACAGGAGAAGUUGUACAGUGACAGCGGCGUGACAAUAUUAUCCGAUCGCACCAUUAUCGACUCGUUAGUGCAUCUUGAAGAUUAUGACACUCUACUGUCAAAAUGUCCUCAGUUUCAGCAAUCAUUGUCGUUGUAUGGGAAGUCCCUGGUAGUUCUUUUAUCAUCGUCCCUACAAGUUGGAGACGACAGCCUAAAGGAGGAGGAAAAGACUCUAAAGCAUUACAAAACAUUAUUACAUAACUUCCGCGUUCCUUUCCUGUUUUUGAACUGUUCAAAUGCUGAUAACUGCUCGGAAACCAUUCACAAAGCUUUGCAGGGUGAAAUACCUCUCCAGACAUCAAGUCUUCUGAAUUAUGGAAAAAACGCUCAACCAGAGUACGUGACCACGGAUUUAUCGUUUUUCCUACCUUCACCCAGUCGGAAAGACUGCCUGAAUAUCCCUUCAAUUAAGAUSUUUGAGCAUAGGUACGUUCAAGAAUGGAAGACAUGGGAACCGGGUGAAUGCAAUCGUUUCAUUGCGAAGCAYGGUGCGGACAAGCUUGCCAUUCUAGCGUUUGACAUCAACGUWAGAUCUACAGUAGUACAUAAAAUGUUACUUUGUGGUAUCACUAUCAACGGAGAAAUUUAUUCCUUUCUUGGAUGCAGCUCCAGCGGUCUCAAGAAAAGGAUUUGUUUUAUGUGGAAAGGCCCUCAAAAAGAAGCUGACAAAAUAAUUAAAGAGAACGGUGAAUUUGAAAACAUGUCUGUUUCCAAACGAAUGGCAAGGAUCUCCCUCUUAUUUUCUGCCAUUAAUCUCACAAGUAUUUCUGUUAAAGCGGAAGAUGUAGUGGAAGAACAAGAUUUGUUUACCGAAGAUGGCAAGUGUUUUACUGAUGGAUGUGGAGGAUUAAGCAAGGAACUAGCCACUGCUUUAUUUGAAGAGAUAGGCAGCCCAUCACAAUCAGAAAGCUGCACCCCUGCUGUUUUCCAGAUCAGAUACCAGGGAUAUAAAGGGGUUUUGGCAUUGGAUCUAAACUUAGAAGGAAAGUCUAUCAAAGUAAGACCAUCCAUGAGGAAAUUUGUCACCACAGUUCAUGAUCGUAUUGGAGUAUGUGGUUACUCUAAACCAUUCACCUUUGGACAUCUGAAUAGACAGUACAUAAUGCUUCUAUCCGCACUGGGCGUCUCUGAYACUGUCAUUUUGGACAAACAAAAACAACACUUUGAGAUGAUCAAGAAUAUGACUGUAGAGCCAGAAUAUGCUAUCAAAGCUCUCCAGUGGCAAAAUAAGUUUGAARUAGCUCAGCGUUUGUUAAGACAGGUCAGCAGCCAAUCAAGCWYAGAUGAUGAAAGUAUGCAACGAAUACAUAAGUCUAUCCGCUCACUUCAGUCAAAACUAGUCUCCGAAUCCGRAAGRCUGCGUAUCUUGAUUCCAAAGUCGCGAAACMUCUAUGGAGUUUGUGAUCCAUCAGGCGCAUUGGAAUAUGGAGAGUGCUUUCUUCGCAUCACCGAUGGCAAUGUCCAAAGUCCAAAAASUAUAAAGGGUUUAGUAGUAGUUUGCAAAAAUCCCUGCUACCUGCUUGGUGAUGUAAGAGUUCUACGCGCCGUGGAUGACACAGAUAGACCAGAAGURAAGCAAUUGAAUCAUCUAGUCGACUGYAUCGUGUUUCCUGUUCGUGGUAAGAGGCCACAUCCGGAUGAAAUUGCUGGUUCUGAUCUAGAUGGAGAUAUGUUCUUUGUUUCAUGGGAAAGUGAUCUAAUUCCAACAACUACGAAGCCACCUUAUCCUUAUCCAGGAGCAAACGUAAAGCCACAAGGACCCGCCACAAUUGAGAAGACCCUGAAAUAUUUUUCGGUCCAAAAUGAAACACAGAAAUUGACAAGUAAGGUGGAUAAAUGCUUUAGACAGUGGGCCGAUGCAAAAGGUGUAUCAUCCGACGAAUGUCAAAGAUUGGGAAUGCUAUUUUCAAGGGUCAUAGACUCUGCGAAGUCAGGAGAGAAAUUCAAUUCCAAAGUUUUGCCAAUUCCACCAGACGAUUUAAAUUCUCAAGAGAAAUUCGUCUGGCAACAACUCGAGGAAAAUGCRGAACAAUUUAAAGUUGAAUUCAACAGGAGUGUUUUGAACAAAGAGCCAGGAUUCCCGAACGCGUCGGAUGUCCAUGAAGAUUUUGUGGAAUCCRUAUUAACUCAAGAGAUGUCAAAUAUCAGUGAGUUUGCGAAGUUCCAGUUUGCUUGGACUUUCAUUGAAAGUCACUGUGACAGUGCCGAAGAUGUUGCUCAUAUCAUUAUCACGAAAUACGCCGACUUUAUCAACUUUGCUCUGUUCACAAUAGAGCAAAAACGCGAGGCUGUUGGCCUCGGCAUUCCCGCUGCYGUCAUUGCUAAUGCAUUGAAUAAGUCUCAACUUCUUGCAAAGGAUGACAUCAAAGAAUUCAACAUGGAUGUUCCUGGAAAUACUUGGAAGUUCUACUUUCGUGAAGACCAUGAAACCUUUCAAUGGGGAUAUCUACURAAAGCACUCACCCAACAUGAUCGRUCUCUUCUUGUUCUUCAACUCCCUGACCAAGUUACUGUAGCCUUACAGUUCUUCACACGAUGUAACAUUGGUAAAGACCAACAAGUGGAGUCUGGGACUAUCUCGGGUUACUUCURUUCUUCUAAUUUCGACUAUCGUCGAAGAUACAUCCUUGGAAGCAAUUAUAGGUUGGAAUUGACACAUGAUGUCCUACAGCUCUACCGCUUGGAGAAGAGCAAAACGUUUGUAUGCCUUAAAGCGUCUGACUUUUCUAAAGGGCCGAGGUCUGCUGGAAUUGAURAUGAAAUUAAAGUUCCUAUUAGUGUGGAUCUCUUGAGUUUUGACCGAAAGAUUCUUAACGGUCCAAGACGUCAUCCAUUGAUUAACAAGAUUCCUUUUAUAAAGAUCGAGGUAUUUGUCGAACUCACUGGGGGCWGUGUUCCAUACUUUGAUACAGCGAUAUGCAAUGAUGUCGAGUCCGUACUUGAGGCGGAAGAUCUUGAAGAAGAAGAAGAGGAUGACAGUGAUGACAAUGACUUGUCUUUUUUCUACGAUGGAGAUAUCGAUUGCCGUCAGAUUGAAACAGAAGCUAACCUCAAAGCUGCUCUUCGUGGUACAAUAUCAGCUUGCAAUUGUCAACUUAUGCUUUUUGAAAGAAUGCUCACCAACUGGUUGCARAAUCACGAUAGCACGCUACCAGACUUUGUUUCAGACUUGGCAGUUAAUCUUGUGGAGAAGAUAGUGUUCGUGACAGCACCCCUGAGASAGGAAUUUCCUCGRGACGUUGUUGAAGCAAUUGGAAAUGUUUUACUGGUGCAGAGUUUUCAGGAUCCUUCAAAGAUAUUCAAGGUUGCAGGAUUGCUUUUGAGAUUGCAUCUAGAACUACUAGCUGUCAGCCUCAUAGCCGAGAACUAUGUGAAAUGCACACUAGAUAUCACUCUGUUUCUUGACGUGAUUGGUGAAUGGCAAACAUGGUGGUUUAUAAAACAUGACRUUGCUAAGCAAAUCAUUCAAAGUKCUGCGCAAGCAGCCUCGAGRCAUUCAUCURAAACACCRUUAAAAGUCGUCGAGUAUGUGCUGAACAUGGGACAGCUCCAUCUACAAGAUCUUCUGCUAGACAUGAAAAAUGUUCAAGAUAGAAUGAAAGUAGCCAAACCUGAGCUGAGYAUAUCAAAUCUUACGAUGCAAGACCCUUUGGAUGAAAAAUGGGAAAACGUGUCUUUUACUCGCCCAGCUGCACUUGUCCAACGUCUUAAAAUGACUCAAGGGCAGUAUGUCACUAUWACCAGACAGGCCGAUUAUAAGARAAAUCCAAGCCAUGAGUCUUGCUGCUGCCUCGCACAGGUGAAGGAAUUAAGAACUGCUCCACUUACGAUCACUGUUAAGAUACUUGGAGAAGCUCCUUUAGCCYUGAAAAAAAGUUUGUCCAAACCUCGCCURUGGAAAAUAGAUCUUAUUGCAAAUAUCACAACUUUCACCAGGGUUGUAGAUGCACUGAAGAAGCUUUCAGCAUUGAAAGAACCUCUUCCGCCCCUACUUGAGAUAGUUACAGAUCCCAGUCAGUCCUAUUCGCCAAUGGUAUGCAUGAGUCUCCCUGAUGAAGCAAAGGGCACAGAUAAGCUGAAUCCYGAGCAAAAGGAAUCUGUKGGUAAAGCUCUUUCGAAUACUGUAACCCUCAUACAAGGCCCUCCUGGUACUGGAAAAACAACAGUGGCUUGUGAAAUCAUCAAGAAAAUGAAACAAACGCCAAAUCAUGAGAGCAAGCUACUCGUUGUAAGUGAGACAAACAUAGCCGUAGACAACAUUGUGAAAAGCUUAAGAAACGAUCUUCCACUUGAGAUCUUAAGAAUUGGCACAGACGAAGGAGUUGACAAAGACGUUUAUGAUUUGUCUCUGGAAGGACAAUUAAUGAGGCUCGARGAGACUGAAGGUGCACGAACWUCUUAUCGUGACGAUCAAGGGAUGGUUCACARAAAGAAAAACACUGUUAAAAGGAUCUUCAAAAAUGCAUCUGUUAUCCUGACAACAUGUGCCGGUGCUGGGGACUUGGUGCUUGAGCCAUWUUCGUUUGAYUUUGUGCUGGUAGAUGAAGCUACCCARACUAAAGAAACGACUUUACUGUGCAGUCUGAUGCACGGUGCAAAGCAGCUUGUUAUGAUUGGAGACCCAAAACAACUCGGUCCGACCAUUACUUGUGAUAGACCYGAUCCAUUAUUACAUAAUCUUCCCGAUGUUGCAUCACUCUCAGAGACCCUUUUUCACAGGCUGAACAACACCAUGCCAUGUAUACUGCUAGAGACACAGCACAGAAUGCAUCCAGAGCUUGUAAAGUUCCCAUCAGAGGAGUUCUAUGAAGGUAGACUAAAGUCUGGCAUCUCAGCAGAAAGUCGACUUCCUCCAAUUUUCCCUUGGCCUGAGAAGGACAAGCCCCUGUGCUUUAUUGAUGUACCACAUAACAGAGAAGAAAAGCUUGGAACAUCUUUCUGCAAUAAACAGGAGAUAACAGURGUUSAGAAAGUGGUUGAUAAACUUCUGAACGUGUCAGAAGACAAUCGAGAUCAACGCCUCUCCAUCAUGGACAUUGGGAUAUUAACUUAUUACCAAGGUCAAGCUGGGCUACUUAGCACUCAGAUAAAGCCUAAAGUUGAAGUCCGAUCAAUUGAUGGCUUUCAAGGUCGAGAGAAAGAGGUUAUCAUUGUCAGUACCGUAAGAUCAAACGAUUAUGGGUCACUUGGAUUUACAGAUAGUCCUAACAGAAUGAAUGUAAUGCUCACUCGAGCAAAACGUGGCCUCAUUGUUGUUGGGAGCUUGAGGACUCUUAGUAAGUCAGAUCUAUGGAAAAGGUGGCUCGACAGGGCUCCAAAGCUGGAUUUGAGCUCACUAUCGACAUCUCCCACUAGUCAAUCUGCAAUUGGAGGUGAAAAUCAGCACGAGCAGAACAGGCACAGGAAUUCGCAUUACAAUGGUAGAGGUCCUGCAAGAGGGCGCGGAACAUCUGGUAAUAGUCGCCAGACGAGAAACGUUCCGACUCACCGCUCAGGAAACAGCCAAAAUAAUACACAGCGGAGUGCGACUUCAAGAAGACAAGAGACGCCUCGCAAUGACGGUAAAUGGACAAGGCGUAACAACAGAAGGUGAAACUAUACGUAACUAAUGAUACUUUCUGAGUUAUCAAGCAAUACAGGCAUGAACGAUUGGCUAAUACAAUGUAUUCUCGCAUCAGUAUUAUCUAUCAAACAAUUAGCCUAACAUUUGUACAUAUAUACAGUUGGAUUUUCGAUUUUUUCAUCUAUUUUACCUAUUUUACAGAAUAUAUAGCAAUGAUAGUUAUUACGUACUAAACAAUGUCACUUGUUAGCAUACAUUUUUCAAUAGUUCUUUAUAGAAAAUUUAUSAAUUUUCAGUUAAUCAGUUAAUUAUUUGUUAAUGUUUCAAUAAAAAUAAUUGGAAUAAUGCAAGACAUAAAUGUUAUAUAAGUCUGCCUGUCAAUAAAAAAAUYACAAAAAAGUACAGAAAAUUGAAUAAAGAACUAAAUUCGCUAACUKUCUAA